AUGACUGAAAAAUCCUCAAGCAUCAAGGCCAUUGAUCGAACUUCCAUCCAUCGUAUCACAUCGGGCCAAGUUGUCAUAGACUUGCAAACUGCGGUGAAAGAGCUCGUCGAAAAUAGCAUUGACGCAGGCGCAACGAGCGUUGAGGUUCGAUUCAAACAGUAUGGUCUGAAGUCCGUUGAAGUUAUAGACAAUGGGUCUGGAAUCCCAGAGGAGGAUUAUGAUAGCGUUGCCCUCAAGCAUCACACCUCAAAGCUCGAGACUUUCGAAGACCUCAGCAUAGUGCGCACUUUUGGGUUUCGUGGCGAGGCACUGUCCUCUUUAUGCGCACUAUGCGAACAAUUGACCGUGGCGACUGCGACCAAAGAGACGGUUCCGAUGGGCGUGUCUCUGGAGAUGGGCUCUAAUGGGCAUGUCAAGAGCAGGAGUACUGUUGCCAAACCGAAAGGUACUACAGUGACGAUCAAUUCUCUUUUCUCCCCACUCCCCGUUCGCAGGAAGGAGUUUGAGAGAAAUUCCAAGCGUGAGUUUGGAAAGGCCCUCGCGCUGCUGCAUGCGUAUGCUUUGGGUCCGUGUUCCGCCGGGCCAGGUGUGCGUUUGACUGUCAGCAACCAGCUGGACAAAGGGUUCAAAUCUGUGCAGAUCCGCACCAAUGGAACACCAUCUACUCGCGCGUCCGUGACCGCACUUUGGGGUCCCAAGGCAUUGGACAACAUUGUCGAUCUCAACCUUGCAUUCUCUGUGGACCGAGAGAAGCACACCUUGAGAGGACAGAGCCAAGCUACAGAGACAGUUUUUGUGGAAGUUAAAGGUCUCUUAUCUAAGUUUGCUGUCGGCUGUGGACGACCAGGGACAGACAGACAGUUUCUCUACGUCAAUGGACGACCCUGCAACCUUUCCAAGGUCCAGAAAGCCUUCAACGAAGUGUACCGCACCUUUAAUGCGAAUCAAGUGCCUUUCAUCCUAGCAGAUUUUAUUCUCCCAACCGAAUCGUGCGAUAUCAAUCUGAGCCCCGACAAGAGGACCAUAUUUCUGCAUAACGAGGGCAAUUUGAUUUCGGCCUUGAAGGUCAGUUUUGGAAUCGUUUUACCAACGAAGUGA